ACGUUACUCGCUUAAAUGGAAACGCUAACAACUAUGGGGGGUAUGACCACUUGGCGGGACCGAGGAGGUACGGGACAGCCUUUUGCCGCCACGGAUAGCUACUAUUUUUCUUUUAUUUCCUCAUUGUCUUCCUCUCCACCUGUUUCCCGAUGAUUUCUCUCCCCCUUGUAGCCAUCGUACUCCUUCCAUUUGUUUUUGCUGCUCGCCAACCAGAUGGAGGUGUAGUUCAUGUUCCAAUCACGCGACGAAGUCAUUCCGACCGAGUUGCGAACUUACCAAAAGCCGUCGAAGCAUUGCGGAAAAAGUAUGGUCACCAAUUAACGAAUGUGAAGAGCACGGAUUCAAAGCGAGCAAGCACUGCUGCAAUUCCCGUCACGGACGAGGAAAACGAUUCCAGCUACUCAGGUGUUGUGAGCAUUGGAACUCCACCACAGAACUUCAAUCUUGUCCUCGAUACUGGCUCUUCCGACCUUUGGGUUGCAACAACUUCUUGCACCUCCUGUGGAUCAGAUGUACCCGAAUUCAAUACUUCGAAGUCGUCAACAUACAAGGCUACCUCCUCCCCCCUGGAGAUAGAUUAUGGCUCGGGAUCGGCACAAGGUACUGUCGUUCAGGAUAGUGUUACUUUCGGAUCAUUCGAAAUGUCCCAGGAACUCCUUGCUGUUAACAGUGUUACCCCUGGCUUGACCGGCGACGGACUCUCAGGUAUCAUGGGUCUCGGGUUUACCUCGAUUUCUGCCCUCCAGACUACCCCCUUUUGGGAAGCUCUCUAUAAUGCCAACAAUCUCUCUGAACCCUUAUUCUCUUUCUACCUUGAACGAUACGUCAACCAAGCUAAUCAGAUUAGUGCUGCUCCGGGCGGUGUGUUCACUCUCGGGGGAACAAAUUCGAGUUUAUACAACGGCUCUAUCGAAUACCUGGAUCUAACUGGUCCGCCAUCGUAUUGGUUACUCACUGUUAGCUCGGUCACUGUACAAGGCAAGACGAUCGCAAUUGACCCACUUGGUGGUCUUGCUGCCAUCGACACAGGCACUACCCUCAUCGGGGCACCCACACCCAUCGCCGCAAGUAUUUGGGCCCAAGUGCCUGGCUCCACAGAGCUUUCUGGUGAUUGGCAAGGCUUAUAUGCAUUCCCUUGCGACACCAAUGUCACCGUUUAUAUCUCCUUCGGCGGUACAAACUGGGCGAUCAGUCCCCUAGACAUGAACCUUGGUACCCUCAACGGCACAAUGGCUGGCAACGCGAGCACUACUUCUCAUAUGUGUGCUGGUGGUAUCUUCGAUAUUGGCAUUGGUAGCGUUCCUGAUUGGAUUGUCGGCGAUACCUUCCUGAAGAAUGUGUACUCCGUCUUCCGUGCUAGCCCCCCUGCCGUCGGCUUCGCCCAGCUCGCCAGCGGCUUGAGCUCUUCAACUGGAUCUUCCGACCCGAAUCCGGUGCAGGUGACUGGCUUGACACCCCUGCCUACUAGUACCUGCGCGAGCUCGAGUGGAAGCUCGAGCAGCAGCAGCAGCACAAGCUCUGGAUCUCCUCCUCAAUCUCCCAUCAAGAUCAUCACUUUAUCGCUUACUCUUCUUGCCUCUGUUGCAGGUUGCUUCACUCUCUUCUUCUAACUAGAGCUCAUGCACACUAAUUUGAAAAUUCAUUCACGACGUAUAGAUCAUUCAUCUGUCUACUUUUGUAAACCAACAUUUAUAGCAACUUACCAUACACUGUAUAAAUCAUUUAUCUUUUUCUUCUUCUAACGUACAGUGCACGCAUUUUACGACACAAUUCUCUGU